AUGAGUUGUCGGCGAAGUGUACAUGUCGGCCAAACAAUUUGUCGGCGAAGUGGUGUCGUAACAACAGCAGCAACAACACAGAUAUCAAUCGCAUGUUCGAAUACAAGUCAUGGUGUACUUGCAUUGCAAAAUCAAACAACACCAACUACAUGGACAUCAUAUUCACGUUCUUUUACACCGACAAGCGCUGCACCUACACUGAUAUUUGGAUUUCAAAUUGAUGGUACUAAUAGCUUUUAUUUAGAUACUGUCUCGGUCAUUGAUAGUACUCUAUCAUCAACUCAGUUAUUGACCAAUCCUAAUUUUGAAAAUUCUACAACAACACCAACUGGUUGGAUUAUAUCAUGUGAAGCGACAACAUGUGGUUCUACAGGGUGUCCCAAAAGUCCGCCGAAAAAGUAA